CCCCUAUGUGAUCGCAAACUGGAAAUAACACCUAGAACCAUCCUAGUACAAGUCUUAAGUAUGCAAAAGCAUGGCGUGUAUACGCAGAAAUCGGUGGAUUAUCAAUAACCCGGGACGCAUAAAAAGCCACGCCAACUCCGCCCUCCAUUCCGGAUUUCAUCUCUGCGGAUCUGCCAGUGAGAUUUUAUUCUAGUCCGUUGGAAAAUAUUUCUUGGGCACCUUCACCUUUUUUAGCGCCUAAGUAUGGAAAUGUACCAUGGACGAUUGUUGGGCUGGAUUGCGCUUUGGGGAUCUGCCUGGUUAGUGAUCGCUUUGGACCCGGGAGACCUUUCCCAGCACGGAGGGAACGUCGAGGACAGCUAUGACAAAACCCAAGAACUUGCGCAGGGCAGAAGUUUCUCUUUUUACGACAAGAUAAGUCGCAUCAACAGCAGCGUCUCUAUGGAUGAAAAAGAGAGAUUCCGUACAUCACACAUCAGGAAGGCCUGGAGAAAGCGUGCUCUCUCCACUGAAAGGCAGCGUGGUUAUUCUGCCCCUGAGCCCCAGUCGGAUGUAGACCAGCGUUCCAUUUACCAACCAGAAUACCCCCGGGUGGUGGUAGUCGAUGACAGCGAAAUUGGUGUGAACGCAGUGUUUUCCUACAGCUCUGAAACCUGCGCCAACAGCUGGCAGAAGUGCUCCGCCUUUGCGGACUGCAUGGACUAUGCUGGUGGCUAUUGUUGCCACUGUAGAUCUGGCUUUUACGGCAAUGGCAAGCAGUGCUUAGCGGAAGGUAUGCCCCAGCGGCUGAAUGGGAAAGUGAGUGGCUGGGUGUAUGUGGGCCAAAACCCAUCUCCGGUGGUGCUACGGGACAAUGAUCUGCACUCCUACAUCGUAGCCAAUGACGGCCGGUCCUACGUGGCCAUCAGUACCAUCCCUGUCCAUCUGGGCCCCUCCAUGCUCCCGCUUUCCUCGAUAGGUGGUGCUGUCGGCUGGGCCUUCGCCCUAGAGCAACCUGGAUAUGAGAAUGGCUUCAGUAUCAUCGGGGGUAAGUUCACCCGCGUGGCGGAGAUCAUCUUCCAUCCCGGCAACGAAAGGCUGGCCUUCAGACAGUACUUCCAAGGGUUAGACGAGCACGGCCACAUAAUGGUCAACACUGAACUGGAAGGCCGGGUGCCAGAGAUCCCAGCGGGAGCCAGCGUGCAGAUUGAGGCCUACUCAGAGAUAUAUCAGUACAGCAUCAACAUGAUCACCUCGUCUUCCUCCCGGCAAUACACCAUCAACAUGGAGGACGGAAGGACCCAGACACACACAUUCCAGACACGAGACACCAUCACCUUUGAUGGCUGUACCCACGACGAUGCCACCAGGACGCCACGUUCUCCUCAGAAGCUCAGUGUGAACCGCAUUUAUGUCCUGUACGACACCCAAAGCCAGCUCCUCCGCUACGCCACGAGUAACAAGAUUGGCUCCAUCCACGGCGAGGAGCCAGAGGGUAAUCCUUGUUUCACUGGACGGCAUGGAUGCGACACCAACGCGGUCUGCCGGCCUAGUCAUGGUGCUGAGUUCUCCUGCGAAUGUGCCAAUGGCUUCACUGGCAAUGGCUAUACCUGUUAUGACAUUGACGAGUGCAGAGAGACGCCCCACGUUUGUCACCACAAUGCCAUUUGCAGCAACCAGCCCGGAACUUUCCGCUGCGAGUGCAUCAAUGGAUUCCACUUUGCCAGUGAUGGGCACAUGUGUGUAGAAGAGGACCGGCCGGUGGACCACUGCCACGAGGGCACCCAUAAUUGCGACAUCCCAGAACGGGCGCGAUGCAGCUAUGUUGGUGGAUCGUCCUUCUACUGCUCCUGCCUGCCAGGUUUCCAUGGCGACGGCCGGGCCUGUUUGGACAUUGAUGAGUGCCAACAAGGAAGGUGUCACCAAGAUGCUAUUUGCUACAACACAGAGGGCUCCUUCACCUGCCAAUGCAGGUCCGGUUCCCAUGGCGAUGGCCUCCAAUGCUACCCAGGGCGUGAGAAGACGCGGUGCGAGCACCACCGAGACAGCCUCCUGGGCUCGUUGGGGCCCCGAGGCCCAAGGCCUACGUUGGGCCAAUUCGUGCCCGAGUGUGAUGAUGCCGGCAACUACAGACAGAUACAGUGUCAUGCUAGCAUUGGCCAGUGCUGGUGCGUGAACCGAAACGGCGAGGAGAUUCCUGGCACCAGGGUCGAGUCUGGGAGCAGACCCAAUUGCAUCGAUUCCGGGGUAGUGCCCACCCCCAUCGGCCCCAACACCAAGCCAGAAGUGACCCCGCCGCCCCCAGGGACACAUCUGCUGUACUCCCAGAGCGGGAAGAUCGAGCACAUUCCCCUAAAAGGCUAUAGAAUGAUGAAACAAGAGGCUAAAGCCAUACUUCACCUUCCAGAUAAGGUGGUUAUCGGAGUGACCUACGACUGUGUGGAUAAGAUGGUGUACUGGACAGAUAUUGCUACUCCAUCCAUCAGCAAGGCCAGUCUGCAAGGGGGCAAGCCCAUCGUGGUCAUAAAUACAGAUCUGGAGAGCCCAGAAGGGAUCGCCAUCGACCACCUGGGCCGCACCAUAUUCUGGACGGACUCCAUACAGGACCGGAUCGAGGUGGCUUCUCUGGACGGUAGCAAGCGGCGUGUCCUGAUCAACACGGGCCUGGUGAACCCACGAGCCAUCAUCACAGACCCAAUCAAAGGCCACUUGUACUGGGCAGACUGGAACAGAGAAGCCCCUAAAAUCGAAACCUCCUACUUGGAUGGGACGAAUCGGAGGGUGCUCGUGCAGGACGAUCUGGAACUGCCGAAUGGCUUGACCUAUGACCCCCAGGGAUCACUGCUGUGCUGGGCUGACGCUGGCACCCACAAGGUAGAAUGCAUGAACCCCAGUCACGGCAACCGCAGGAAAGUCCUGGAGGGGCUCCAGUACCCCUUCAGCAUCACGUCCUAUGGCAAGAAGCUGUACUACACCGACUGGAAGAGGGAUGCCGUGGUGAUGGCCGACAGCUCUGAGGGAAUGGAGUCAGAUGCGUUUCAGCCUCAGAAGCAGACUCGGCUAUACGGAAUCAUUACGGUUUAUCCCCAGUGCCCAGCAGGGAGAAACUACUGCUCUGUAAACAACGGCGGCUGCACGCAUUUGUGUCUAGUGGCUCCAUCCGGUUGGUCCUGCCUGUGUCCUGACAGACCUACGGACACGGGCUGCGUGGAGAGAGAAUUCAGGUAUUGAAGGUCAGGAGGAGAUGCAGGACUAACUUUGCACAUGCUCCUUCCCCAACCCACCGCCGGCACUCAGCUCCAACUCAGUCGAUGACCCUUUACCAUCUAUACUGAGCAGAAGAGCAGGAUUGCAGUGACUGUCCUUUUUUGUAAUCUUACAAUUAAAGAAAAAAAUCGGUAUUCUUAAACCCUUUAUUACACCACAGACACAUAUUGUAAAUGAAUUCAAAUAUGACUUUUCAUUAUGCUGUACUGCACUCGAUUUUUUUUUUUAACAAACAUGGAAACUGGACAGUAAUGUCUGAAGAUUCUGGUGGAUGCACCAUGAUGAUGUCACCAAAGGCAGCUGGACCGUGCAGUGAUGGGAUACUGCAGCGAGUAAUAAGGAGUUGAAAAGGUUUUCAUGCAGCUGGUGGUAGAGCAGCAUUUGCGGUCUGUGCAGCUUUUCAAUAAAACUGUUUUUUGAAACAGGC